AUGUUUGCAGCAAAGGCGAUGAUAGCCAACAUUCUUCGCCGCCGCGCCGCCUUGGUAUGCCUCAAGUCCACGGCGGAGGUCGAACCCCAUCGACCCAAACGGCUCUUUUCCGCAAAAUCGUCUGCCUUUCAACUAACGCCAGCCUUCAAGACGCCGACUCGCCGUUUGUGCGGGAUGCCGGACUCUCUCGCGAGACACACGCUCGGGCAAGCCCGGAAGAGACGAUUCGGCGCGAUAGUCGGAACUGAUCCGCGGCCGCUGAAGCGAACACGAUGGACAGAGGCGGACACGCAACAGCGUGGAGCUAAGGACGAGAACGCAAAGCACGCGGCGCACAAGGCGACUCUACAGCACCCGGAGCCCCAGGCUCCUGGAAAAUCCACCUCGUUCCUCCGAGACUUUGUCGGAUAUCUCCAUCGCGAACCCCACCCGUUCGUUUCCGAGUGGCUGGAGUCGGUCCCGAAAGCGCGCUGCCGGUCGGAUAGCUAUCUUUUCCGUUUAGCCGACCUUACGAGAGAGCUCAGAAGACCGGUGUCCGACAUGGGUAACAGGCGGGAUGCCGAUGGGAAUGCGAUCCCGCCGACGCCGGCGUCUACUGAGGCCUAG